GUUGCGCUUCUGUUCAGUCGACUUCACAAGCUUUGUAAACAAAUAUAACUAUUUUAAACUUGAACACCUUGUGACGAUGGCUUAUGUAAUUAAAAAUCCGACAACCCCGUACGUGGGCCUUAUUCCCGUGGGAAUGACAGAGGGUGCCACUAUCCACGUGAGAGGCACCUACGAGAGUCACCACUCAGGGUUCCUAAUCAGCCUUCAGUGUGGUGGAAGUACGGACCCAAGGAGUGAUUGUGCACUGGCCUUCAAUCCGCGUUUCAACGAACACCAGGUCGUCCGAAACAGUCUGCAAAGCGGCUCUUGGGGAGUGGAAGAGCGUCACGGAAGUUUCCCCUUUCAGGGCGAAAAUGUUGACGUGUCGAUCGUGGUUCAUGCAGGAUAUUAUUCGGUGAUGGUGAACGGCCGCCACUUCUGCGACUACAACCACCGCAUCCCGCUACCCCGGGUGAGCCACAUCUCCGUGGAACAGGGGAUCCGUAUCCGGGAGAUCGUCUUUGAGACAUCAACGGGAUACCCCCAUCCGGCGCCCGGAUACCCCGGUAUUCCAACCGGAUCGUCUGGGCCUGUCGGUUCGAUUCUCCAUCCGCCCGUUCCGUUCGUACACAACUUGGGGUCCGUCUAUCCGGGAAGGAUGAUUUUCAUCAGCGGUAUCCCACAUCCUUAUCCCAGCAGGUUCACUGUCAACUUUGAGAGCAAGCCGAACGGGCCGGACAUUGCCUUCCACUGCGACUUCCGUUUCAACUUCGGUGAGAAUCAUAACGUGAUCGUGCGCAACACGCAGACGAACAAUAAGUGGGGACCAGAAGAGCGCCCUGUCAGUAACUUCCCCUUGCUCCCGAAUGUCUUUUUUGAGAUGAUAUUCCUCGUGGAGCAGCAUUGCUUUAAGGUUGCAGUGAACAACGUCCAUCUGCUGGAAUACAAACAUAGGCUGCAACCACUGAGCAAGUUCACGUUUCUGAGAAUAGAUGGUGACGUUAGAAUCACGCAAGUGCGCUACCAGUGACCACUUUCAUAUCAUGUCAGAAGAUUCCGCUGAACAUACCGGAGCGAUUGUAAAUAAUUCAGCGAAUGAGUUUAAUUAUACAUAUUUAGAAUAAUUGUCUUUUAAAAACAAUAUAUGUUAACACAUAAAUGUUGAGUUUUGAUAAAAUUGUGUAAUCGA